GGUCAAAAAAAUUUAAUUCUUGGAAGAAUCAACUUCGCCGGCAGUGGACGAUUCAAAAAUGCGUGCCUUAACAUUGCAUGGAUUUGCACGUCCCCAAAUCUGGAAUCAGAAACACUUUGUAUUUCAUGCCAGAAACUAUGGUGAUGAGAAGCUAAGGACCACCAUUAAAGAAGUUGCUUUAAAUUCCAUAAAUAAAUGGAAGGAGUCGUCAUAUCCAUUGCUGGCGGACAAAAUAGGAAAUGCACCGAUUUUGGAAAACUCAAAUACAGUUAAGAACUUAAGGAAAUCCAAGGAUCAUAUUUUUAAUCUACAGAAACAACUGAUGGACAUUGGCGAAAGAAAACGCUCAAUUAUGAGGAAGCUGUGCGAUGUACGUUCGGUACUGAACAACAUUUACAAUGGCCUGGAUGUGGAGAAAGUCAAUCGCACAUAUCUGGAAGAGACACGCAAGGAAAUCGAUGUUCUCUGCGAUAUGGAAAAGCAUUUACUCAAACUAUAUUAUGAGGCGGACGAAAGUGAAAUGUUGCUGGGCAAAGAAUCCGCUUCGGGGAUCAACACUUUUGUGGAGGCCAUCAACAAGGAAAGACAAUUUUUGAAAUUGGUCUGUGUCAUGGGCGUUAUAGUUUCGUCACUCCUGACCAUCGUUUUUAUAUCCUACAAUCAUUCAAAGCGUAAAUUCCUAUUGGAACAAGAAAUAUCAGAGUUGCGCGAACAAACACAGUCGGAGUCAUGGGGUAGUUAUUUGAAAAGAAACACCCGUUGGAUGUACGGCUGGGCAACCAAAUAAAAAUUAAUUUAAAAAAAA